AUGGAUGCAACGCCUUCAUAUGGCUCAGCGGUUGAGCACGGAGGAGAACCGUAUGUGUGUGAUCAGGUGAAGACUGAGGGGGAUGAAGUUCCUAUAGAUACGGCUACAGGUGAUGUGAAGACUGAAGUCACAGUUAAUGCUGAACAAACAAAUGAUCUGUAUGUAAAGAGUCAGCAGGAAGCUGUGAAGCAGGAAAUCACUGACAAUAUCAGUACAGAUGAAUUUAUCUGCAAUAAUCCUAGUGAUUGUGAAAGUACAGAUACGUGUUUCAAUCUUCUUCCUAACCAAAGAAGCCACAUGGAAAAUGAAUCUGAAUAUAAGAAAUGUUUUACCAGGAAAUCAAAUCUUUUAAAAUGUAAAAUAUUUUAUACAGGAGAAAAAAUAUUUUCAUGUUCUGAAUGUGUGGAAUGUUUUGAUCGGAAAUCAAGUCUUAUUAGACAUCAGACAAUUCAUACAGGAGAGAAAGCAUUUUCAUGUUCUGAAUGUGGGAAAUGUUUUGCUCAGAAAUCAAUUCUUAUUAGGCAUCAGAAAAUUCAUACAGGAGAGAAAGCAUUUUCAUGUUCUCAAUGUGGGAAAUGUUUUGCUCAGAAAUCGCAUCUUCUUUCGCAUCAGAAACUUCAUACAGGAGAGAAAGCAUUUUCAUGUUCUAAAUGUUGGAAAUGGUUUGCUCAGAAAUCACAUCUUCUUUCACAUCAGAAAAUUCAUACAGGAGAGAAAGCAUGUUUAUGUUCUGAAUGUGGGAAAAGUUUUGCUCACAAAUCAAAUCUUAUUAUGCAUCAGAAAAGUCAUACAGGAGAGAAGGCAUUUUUAUGUUCUGAAUGUGGGAAAUGUUUUGCUCACAAAUCAAAUCUUAUUACGCAUCAGAAAAUUCAUACAGGAGAGAAAGAAUUUUCAUGUUCUGAAUGUGGGAAAGGUUUUGCUCAGAAAUCAAAUCUUAUUAGGCAUCAGAAAAUUCAUACAGGAGAGAAAGCAUUUUCAUGAUCUGAAUGUGGGAAAUCUUUUGCUCAGAAAUCAAUUCUUAUUACACAUCGGCUCACACACUUACAGCAAUAUCCCUGAAAAUCUGCACGCACUAGUCCUCCAAGCCCCCCUCCACCACCCAACAAAGUGUUUACCUUAAUAUAUAAACACCUCCUAACAGCAAUUAGGUGCAGCUGUCACUAAUGAACCAGUGGUGAUCACCUCUAGCGAGACAAUAUUAGAGACACAUGUUACCAGUAUAAGUCUUAUACAGAAAAUAAUGCAAAUUAUUUUUAUUUGAGACGAACCUGAUAUGGAGGUUCACCACUUGAACUAGAUAUUUAGAACCCCCAAUUCAGGUAUGCAUGUACCAAGUUAUAAGCAUACCCAUGUUUUAGCACUCCCCAUUUUUUAAAUACCAACCUUGUUAACUAAAACGCAGGAAGUGUUGCUUUUACAUUGCUCUUGCCUUAGCUUAAUAUAUGAGGUCCCGUGGGCGGGAAAGUGUGAUCAUGCCACCAUUACAAUAAUAGCCUAUGCAGAGAUCCCACAUCCUUUGACCCCUGUUUAGCAGUUAGUUGUCGUGUUUGAGGGAGGUUCAUAAUAAUGUAUGUUAUGCAUGCAAAUCGUGUUGUCUUUAGCUAUGUCAGAUGUGAAUGUCUCUUGCCGACCACUAGAGGACAACAAGAUACUGAGAUAUUACCGCAGCAAAUGUAGAGAAAACCAAUUCCUAUAUCUCUAGUUAUAUAGCUACAACAAUUUAUCCUUGUAUGGGCCAUUUUGUUUCUGUCACAGAAGUUGCUGGUUCAUGUUUUUUUUAAAAAAGGCUACACUUACAAGGUGUUCUUCAAUGCCCAAUGGCCGCAGUUUGGCCUUAACUUCUAUUUACUAUUUCUUAAAUAGCGGUGCUUAAUACUUUCGGUAUAGUUAUAACCUACAUUGUACUUAAUUGACCUUAACUCUGUAUUAUCCCUAUUCUUCUUUGCAUAAAUCUGCAUAAUCUGAGACCCAAGAGUGGUCGUGUUUGAUCUGGAUAGGGACAAAAGUGAGGACAACUUAAUGUUUUUUAGACCAUGUAUAAGAUACUGAUAUAGGUAUAUAUUUAUGAAGUUUGUACACCUUUAUAUCUCUGUAUGUCCUUAAAAAACAUAAAUAAAAAAAAAAUGUAUGAGA